UAGACUUAUUCUAUAUACAAAUCUUCAUGAUUAUUACAGUUUGACAUUAUUCAAAUAAUUUAUAUAAUUUUCUGUAAUCAACAGGAUGAUAAUGUGCCUAUAACUAAGAAUCAGAUGCUAAAAGCCCUCUAUGAUUUUGAAGGCCAGUCAACAGAAGAAAUUAGUUUUAAGGAAGGUGAUAUCUUACAUUUUGAAAGCAAAUUAAGUAAUGAUUGGUGGAAAGGAUCAAUAAAUGGUCAAAAAGGAAUUUUUCCAGCAUGUUUUGUUGAAGUAAUCAGCAAUAAAAGAAGUUCAUGUUCUGAAGAAAAAUCUAAAGUCUGUUUAGUAACUGCUGUGUAUCAGUUUGAUGGAGAAGAAGAAGGUGAUCUUAGUUUCAAGGUAAAAAUAAAUCUAUAAUUAAAAUUGUAACUUGAUAAAAAAAAUCUGUAUUCAUAUAAUUGCUAUGCAUAUUUAUUUAUAAAAAUACUCUUUAAACUUUUAUCAAAACUUUUUCCUCUAUUUGCAUUGCUUAAUAAUAUAAGGAUCAGUUGUCAGUUUAAUAAGACAGCUAAUUUGCUUUCAUAACCCUGCUUAUUUUGUCAUCAAAUUCAAUUGAAUAUGUGAGAUUCAAAAUGAAAUAAGUGGACCAUACUAAGGAAGUUCAAGUAAUGUUGGGUUUAGUUUUUUUUGCUGUGAACUAUCAGAAUGGGCUGCGGAACAAGUUACUAGUAUUGUAAAGUUAUCAGGAAAUGGCAAUUAGUAUUUUUCCUUAGUAGCAAAAUGGAUUGUCCUUGACUUAUCCCAUUUUGAAACAUUUAUUUUAUAUUCCAGUGCAAGUAGUAUUUACAGUAGCUGUGGCUUAUUGUAUUCAGCACUCACAACUUAAAAGUAACAGUGAAUUUUGAGUGUCUCAUUAAGACAUCACAAAUAAAGGGUUGAACAGGGUGUGCACUUUUCUC